AUGUCAGUCGAAGCAAAAACAUUCACGAACAAAUCUAAUGGUGAAACAUUCACAAAAGGCACUUAUAACGGUAUUGAAGUCUUACGUAGAGACAAGGAUGGUUACAUUAAUGCAACAAAGAUGGCAAGAGAAGCAGGAAAGUUAAACCAUUUAAACAGAUUUCUCAAUAGUACUAAAAUGCAGGAAAUUCUUGAGUUUUGGAUGAACGAAUACGGUGGAGCCAAAAGUGGCUCGACCUCAAAACAAGCAUUUUAUGAGCUUACUAAGGGCGUUAUGAAUGAAUUCAAAGGUAUUUACAUACAUGCUGACCUCGUUCAUUUUGUUGCUGAAUGGUGCUCUGUAAAGUAUGCAUUUUAU